AUGAGCAAGGCUCAAGGGCCACCUCUUCGAAAGGUCUGGACGACCAAUCCUUCAACAGACCGUCUGACUCGCGCGGACAAAGCAAAAGUCAUCUCCCAAUUAGGUCAAAUCACAUGGAAACUCGCUCAAGUUCGCUUCAACUGCAUUGGCUCACUUUUCGAGAACGACACCUUCGAAUUAGGGGAACGCAUGUCUCGGGGUCAUGUUCUCCGUCAACGUUAUUCUCUAGAUGAAAUCCCGCGGGGACCUUUCGCAACGGAAUCCGAUUUCUACAAUAGUCUCACAACUGCCAUGGUAAAUCACGCAGAAUCUCUCCCUCUUUCCCCCCACUGUUUCGUUGCUCUAAUACCUUCCCGCGGGGACUACGAAAACGAUGUUGCCCACCGUGAGGCCUGUAGUCUUUGGAACGGUUUCGUGGCCAUCGGGGAUAAGAUCGAUUCUGCAGAGAAUCGCUUAGAAUAUAUCCUUGUCGCGGAUGCGGUUUAA